CAAUAUUUGAUGAGACCCUGAGUGGAAAUUCAACCUUCAGAAGAAUGUUCGAUAAGCGUUUCUGAUCGGUUAUCGAGGGACCGGAGAAUUAAUCUCUAAUUGCUCGUAGUUAGUUAUGGACCGGCAAUUGCAAGAUAGAGCAAUAAAUUAAUUUGCAUUCCCAAUUUGCAUGUCUGAAGUGGCCUUAGGGUCUUCUGUAUCUAUAUCAAAAUGACCAUUAUUCUCACAUUCAAAAUUUAAAUCCUAGCCAGUACUUGUUACUUUCCCUUCACCAGAUGGCGAUAAACACUGUAACCACCCUAUAACCAGUCUAUAUCCCAGCCACAUGAUAAAUCCAAUCAUAUCCAACCAACACCUCGCCGAUACCGUCCUUCGCAGAUCAUCCCUUAAAAAGAGUAUUUAAAAAUGGCGUUCAUCGGUCAGUUUGUAGUACCCAGCUGAUCGAUCGCUGGAUAUAACCAUGUGAUGAUUAAUUUUCCGGUGUUAUUUUACUCGGGAAGUGGUGCUAAUCGUAGCAGUAAAUUGGGUGGCUUUCAUUGAGACGACCUUUCCUCAAAUAUCGUUGCUGAACGAACAACUGAAAACUCCCAUUUAAACAACACACAAUGCUGAUUUAUCUUCAAGGUUACCUCACCUGCAUGGAUGCCUGAACACUUGGAAUUACAACAUUUAGUGGAUGGAGAUGGUGACUGCGAGGCUGCAAGUCGGCACAGAAAAUCAUCUAUAUCAAGAUGCAGAUCCUGUCCAUAUCUAGGCCUGAUGUUAGCAGCUCUGUCAUCUUUAUUUUUUUCCUUAUGCAGUGUGAUUGUCAAAGGCCUGGUCGAGGUAAAUCCAAUGGAAUUAGCUGCAUUUAGAUUUGUUGGUGUCCUACUGCCAGCAAUUCCAAUUGUUAUUUACAAAGGAGAACAUCCCUUUCCUAAAGGCCGUAGAAUGAUGUUACUCCUAAGGAGUUUCGUUGGUACAACGGGACUUAUGUUGAGUUUUUAUGCGUUCCGUCACAUGCCUUUGGCAGAUGCCUCUGUCGUUGUAUUUUCUGUUCCAGUAUUUGUUGCGAUAUUUGCAAGAAUUUUUCUGAAAGAACCAUGUGGUAUAUUUAACGUGAUAACUGUAUGUUUAACCUUAAUAGGUGUAGUCUUAAUAACACGACCGCCCCUCAUCUUUGGAAAUACAGUUGAAUCUCUAACAGAUAAUCAUGUGGAGACUGAACAUGCCGAUCUUUGGGGUGCGGUAGCUGCAUUUUCAGCCACAUUAUUUGGUGCCAACGCCUAUGUACUAUUACGUGCAUUAAAGGGACUUCAUUUUUCUGUAAUCAUGUCCAAUUUCGGAUCAUUUGCAUUAAUUCAAACCAUUGUUGUAACUUGGGCAAUAGGUGCACUUUGCAUGCCACGUUGUGGGACAGAUAGACUGCUCGUUGUUGCACUAGCUCUGUUCAGUUUUGGAGGCCAGAUCUUACUCACAUUAGCCUUACAAAUGGAACAGGCAGGCCCUGUGGCCAUAGCUAGAUCUGCGGACAUUGUAUUUGCGUUCUUUUGGCAAGUGUUAUUCUUUAACGAAAUACCAAAUAGAUACUCUGUAGGAGGUGCUAUUUUAGUUACCAGUUCCGUCCUCCUCACAGGGCUCAGAAAGUGGGCUGUUUCAUUGCCAGAAACUUCCAAUAUUAAAAAGUCACUUGGUGUACUUGCUAUUUGAAAUUCAAAUAUGGAAUUACCUAUGAGGCCUGCAAACAAAGGCAUUGAUAGCAAUUGUUUUUUAUUAAACGCCCUAGAGUUUAAGGUGUUGAGUCGAGUAAUCUUCUGUAAUCAUUUUUAUUGACAGACUACAGUUUCAGAAUCAUCGGCAUUAAGAUAUAACUUAUUGGUUGAUUUAGGUAAAAAUUUAAAUCAUUUUAUAGGUAACGAUACUGAAAUCUAGGCAUCAGAUCAAAUGUAUCAUAAUAACGUUUAUAUGUGAUUGCCCAUCAUGUAAUUUAAAACCCGAAAAGGCAUCUUUAAUGCAAAAACAUCAGCAUGUACAUUAAAUGUUUGAAAAUAUCUACCUUUACAACUUAAUCAAUAUUUUGGCGAUCUUAAGAAUUACUAUGCAAGAAUGAUAACAUUCUGGUAUGUUUUGGUAAAAAAAUUGUCAUUCUGACUUAUAAUUCCAGCCUAAUCUCGCCGAUAUUCGCGGCUAAGAGUGCUUCUACCAUAACAUGUAGAAUAUUACUCCUUUGAACCUUACUCUAUCAUUUAUUUCCUACUUAGGAAUAAAUGAAACUCGCUAUGCUGAAGAAAGCAUUAUGAUAUGUAGAACAUUUAUGUUGUGCAACUUUAAAUGAUCGAUAUCCGAGCAAUGGUUUUUUAUAAGCUUGAUUGUAUUGUCACCAUUGAUAAGGUGUGAAGUGUGAAUAACGUCAGAUUUUAAUAGUCAUGCGAAUUUUAUUAUAAAUCGACUUUGAGUCAAUAAUCUUGAUUAGUUUACCCGGUAGAUAGAUGUUACUUUGGGGCUGAAUCGUUCAACUCGAAGUUUUUAUACAUAAACUCAGUGUAACGUGGGCAUACAUAUAUUUUUAGACAUGAAAGUACAAGGGCGAUUAAUUUGAUUUUGUCUCAUGUCAUCUAUCUUUUAUAGGAGUGAUAAUCAUCGAUACUUCUACUUAUCAGAACAAAGUACAUGAUUCGUUAAAUCAUAGCUCUAACGUAAUUUUCUGAAGAAUAUUUGUUUCUGACGGAUGAUAAACUAGUAAUGCUUUUUUGAGAAUACUGCGUAACAAAACAUAAUAGUCAAUGUCAAUAUCUAAGUUAUGGAAAGUUAUCAAUUAACUCAUGUAUAUACCUAAAACAAGCUAAUGACAUGUAUUCCGUGUUUCCUACUUAAAUUAUGUCACAAUCUCUUUGUUUUUGGAUGAUUGUUAAUUGUAUCUAGUCAGAAUUACCAUAUCCAGGUAUUUCUAAAAUAUACAUUCAGUAUUGUGUAUUGCAAAAAUUGGCAAGACCUGAUAGAUCGACUUCCUUAUUUUUCGCCAAAUAUACCGGUCAACAUUUGUACAAACUCUGAGUUGCAAACCAAUUUAUUAUGUAGAAAUAGCAAAUCAGAUAAUUAUUUAUGGAAUCAACAAUGUUCAAAUUCACAUGCCUGCAAUGUCCAUAAAAAUAAUUUUGAAAAAUUUAUAGCUAUCAAACAAUGCUGCUGGUUCAUAUUUUUACUCCAGCUACAAAACUCUAAACUGCAGCCCCAAUUACAACACCCAAUAAUAUGUAUGCAUUUAUGCCCAUUACUAUGAUGGCAUGAACCUUAUAUAUUUAAAGUUUGGACGCAGCAUUUUAUCAAAUGCAAAAAUUUUCUUGCUUCCACCAAUAAAGCAUAUCUUUCAUUAUUUAUUCUACCGCAGCAGUACAUAGUGACUGAUAAUUGUAUUUCUAAAUAAAUAACAUCUAGCAAUCAAA